GUAUGGUGGGUGGUGGCGUGGACUUGACUCAAUUACUCUCUAUUUGGUUUAUUCCUUUUCAAAAUCCGUUAUUCCACCGUAACUUCCUUCUUCCUCUUCCCCUCUUCCUGUUGCCGACGAACACAGAAAAGCUGGAGAGAGAAAGAUAGGUAAAGGGAGAUCGCGUUGGACUGGUCUUGCUCACAAGUAAAAAUGGCUUCCACGGAGGGUAUAGUACCAAUAACCAGGGCUUUUCUCGCUUCCUACUACGACACAUACCAAUUCCCCCCUCUCUCAAACGACGUCGCUCGCCUCUCAGCCGAGAUUCGAUCCCUCACCGCCGAUUUGCUCCGCCACUCUCCGGCGGCUCAAGGCGAGGAGAGAUUGUUAGUGAGUGAAUUGGAGACUGAACCUCCCCAUAAAGUCGACGAAAACAUGUGGAAGAAUCGAGAGCAUAUGGAAGAGAUACUAUUUUUGCUUGAAAAACCCCAUUGGCCUCAAACUCUUCGAAUGCAGUUCAGUCCUGAUGAUGCUGAACUAGCUACCGUGAUUGAUCGCCUCCACCAGAAAUUUCAAACCAGUUUGAAGACAUUGGAGACUUUCCAAGCGAAAAAUUCCGAACGUGUGUUCAACACGGUUAUGACUUACAUUCCACAGGAUUUUCGGGGAAGGCUCAUCAGACUACAGCGGGAGCGUUCAGAGAGGAAUAAGCAAGCAGAGGUUGAAGCUUUGGUUAGUUCUGGAGCAACUAUACGUGAACGUUAUGCUCUCUUGUGGAACCAACAAAUGGAGAGGAGGAGACUGUUAGCGCAGCUUGGUUCUGCAACUGGUGUCUACAAGACGCUUGUCAAGUACUUGGUGGGGGUUCCACAGGUUUUACUUGAUUUUAUUCGCCAGAUAAAUGAUGAUGAUGGGCCCAUGGAAGAGCAAAGACAACGUUAUGGACCACCCUUAUACAGCCUUACAACUAUGGCCCUUCUUAUACGACUCUUUAUUUCGUUGUCUUGGGGGCGAUUUGAGACUAGAAAAUUAAGCAAGCAAGAGUUAGCAGUCUUGGAAGAAGUUGUUGAUGUCUACACCACUGAAUUUGUAAGGUUUAUUACGUUCAUCAGUGAGGUCUUUGCAAAUUCCCCCUUUUUUAUCCCAGCAGAGGUUGCGGGCGCAUUACAAGGAAGGAAUAACGAUGAUUACCAAGAGACCAGUGUUCCAGCUGGGAAAAUUCAUGAGGUUUCAUUGGCUGUGGACGCAAUAAAUUCAUAUAUUGCUUGGGAUUUCUCGCUUGUACAAGGGAAGAUAAACUUGGAUAUUGGAUUUAGUGUUGAGUAUACAAAUCCUUCUGGGCAAAAAUCUCUCAUUUUACCUUACCGACGUUUCGAGUCUGACCAAGGGAACUUCUGCACAUGCGAGGCGGGAAACUACAAACUGAUUUGGGACAAUUCCUAUUCAAGUUUUUUUAAGAAGGUGCUGCGCUACAAGGUAGAUUGCAUACCGCCAGUCACAGAGCCGGUUGAACCUGCGACUGAAGUUGAAGAAUGACUGGUCUAGCGUCUGCGCAGAUUGAAGAGUGGAUACUUUAUCUUCACGCCAGAUUGAUGCUGUUCGUGAUUUCUGUCAGCAUUGAAUUGUACCAAGUUAUUCAUUUCGUUUUUUUACGUUGCGUUCUCCUGAGGUUUGGAUAUCCAGAUUGGUUUCCUUCAUCAGGAGGGCGUACGAUGGUUGAAGGUACAGAAUGUUGUAUUAUAAAUCUUUUGUAUAUUACCUGUUUACGCGGCUAUCAGCCCGAAAAUUUGAUUCAGCAGCCAACCAUUUAUUA